AUGAGGAACGCCCUGGUAACGUAUGCCCCAUUCACACACAACGCAAUGGGUAUCUCCGAAUGCUUCAGUUACGUCUAUCCAGGCCGGGUAAUCAACAUAAUGGACGACUUAGAUUCAGAAUUGACCAGGAGGAAAAAAGCAGCUUGGGGAGCUUUGAAGAAAGUCGAAGAUGCAGUGAAGAGAACAAAGAACACACGACUCCGUGCCCAUCUUUUGGAUUCAACGGUACUUCCUGCCCUAACGUAUGCUUCGGAAACCUGGUCGCUGCGUAAUCAGGAUGGAAGAUUAUUCAGCGUCAUCGAAUACUCAGUCGAAAGGACGAUGCUAGGAGUAUCCCGUUCCACACAAGUAAGGGAUGGGAUCGGAAGCUCCGACCUGCAUCAACGAUCAAAAAUCAAAGAUGCCGCUCUGUACGCCAAACAGUGGAAGAUAAGUUGGGCCGGACACGUAAUGCGUAUGAAUGACAACCGAUGGACAAGAGCCGUUAGUGACUAG